GGGACAACAACUGGCUCUGCGCGAGAGGAGGAGGAGGAGGACUCCGUUUGGUACAUCCUUUCUUUCUUUCUUUCUCCGCUUCUCACAGUUGCUACGCGCAGACUACACUACACUACACACUCAUAUGUAGUAAAUAAAGAAGACGAGGACGCACUGUUUGGCUCGGAACGUGAACGCUUUCCCCCGUUUUCUACAAGGAUGAUAGAGUCCUGCUGACACCACGGAGAGGUACACGCUCAGACCGGGAAUGGCUGUGGACGCGGCGUCCAGCUUCAGUUUCUGCCGUGCGUCUCUGGAGCACACAGUGUCUGCUGAAGAGCUGAGCUACCAACUGCCGCGCCGCAACGGAGGAAGUAACCUGACAUGGCAUGAUGGGCGUGGCCAGAAGGGGGCGCACACACGUACUGUUAAACUGCUGCAACAGCCAGGGACAGAGGGCAUCCAGCUGCGCCCGGGUGAGGCCUUUGCCGUGUACCACACCAGUCCUACGCUCUCCUCCCUGUCCAAACCAGUGGUGCUGUGGACACAACAAGACGUGUGCAAGUGGCUCAAGAAACACUGUCCCCACAACUACCUGACCUAUGUAGAAGCUUUCUCUCAUCACGCCAUCACAGGGCGGGCAUUGCUUCGGUUAAAUGGUGAGAAGUUGGAAAGAAUGGGGAUAGUUCAAGAGACCCUCAGACAGGAAGUCCUACAACAAGUCCUACAACUGCAAGUGCGAGAAGAAGUCCGCAACCUCCAACUCCUUAGCAGAACCUCUUUUGGAAACUUCUCAUAGCUGUGCUUAGCAGUCCUGUCCUCAUCCACAUCACAACAUAGAUCUAUGGGAGCCCGAAGACACUCAGGAGCGCGGGAGACUGGACCAGGGUUAGGACUACACCCCGACCAGUCCAGAGGAUUCUCAUUCACCUCAAACUCUUUUCAGACUCAGAGGCUGUAAUAGGUCAACAACUAUAACUAAGUCCUUUGUUAACUUUUGUUUGUUUUUGUCUGGUUGUCUUGAUAUCUAUAGUAAAUACAUUCUCCAGUGCAGUCGCAUUUACACAGUAUCAUUUUUUCAGAUAUGGAAGAACUCAACAUCUAAAUUAAGCUUCUUUUAGCAAUGAACUUCAAAUAUCGACUGGUACUUUCUAGUUACUUACAGUGCUAAUUAGGGGGUAAUUCCUGAACCAAUAAAUCCUACUUAGGAAGUAGCCUAUAGAUCAGUAAUAAGUGUUUUUACAAAUUGAAAAUUCUCAUCAAACUGGAUGCAGUAGACUUUGACUGGUUCUAUUGGCCUAAUUAAACCCAAUAUACCCGAUAUAUAACCCAAUAUACACUGUAAAUCUGUAAAGACUGUAACUGUAGAUUUUAGAGAGAUAUUCAAAAUGAAUGACUAUACUUGAUGUAGCAAUAGCUCUUAUGUAAAAGGCUAAACUUGGUAUUUUAUACUCUAAUUCUAUGGUAGAAUGGGUUAGUGACAUAAGUAAAUGGAAGCACAGUGCUAUGUUCAAUCAGAUUUGUCAAUUAAUGCAUGUCAUAUUUAUAACAAAACAUGCUGCUUUAAUAUUUUUUUCUAUUUUUUUUAAUGUUUAGCCUAAAUUAGACUUUCAGGGGGAACCCCUGACCCAAGACACAGUAUACUUGUAGAAGUAGAAACACACCAUAAUAAACUUUAUAACGGGCACAUUUCAUCCUGUAUUUGGCUGAAGAUCUGUAGAGGUUGAUAGCCUCACAAUACAUUGCAUAUGGCACAUUUGUAUUUGGGAAGGGUAUACUUUUAUUCAAACCAGCCUCUGCUGUAUUUUUCCGUCUUUCUGUCCCCUGUGACACACUGUGAUUUCAAAUGCGUGGAUCCACAAAGCAUGACAGCUCCAGAGACAGAAUCUGGCACAGACAGGAUGUUUGAUGUAACUGUAGGCAGCAGACAGCUCAGUGAGGGCCAUUAGGACACAAAAAUAUAAAUAAGCAGCAAAACAUCCCUUUUGUCAUGAUUCUGUUGAAGUACUGUGAGUAAAGAGUUUUACCUGGGAGAAAAGUCACUGCACAGUCUUGGAUUACUUAAUGUUUUUGUAUAUUUGACAAAAAGUAUCUGGUUGUCAGAUGAGUGUUGGACUGUUUAAAAAUAAUGGACAAUGUGAAUUCAAGUUUUCUUUGUAAAUAUUAAAAUGUAUG